GAACUCCACGGGGUUUAGUUGCGUUUGUGUCGUCGCCUCGAACGGAUCGUUGUCUCUCGUAGCCGUCCAGCAUAACCCAGGAGUGUGUGUUUGCUGCCCGUGACCGGUUUCGCUGCAUUGUUGGCCCGUUUCUACUCGCGGUCACUCCCACAGCUGCGCUUAGAUUUAAAAGAUCAACUAACAAAAGAGGAACACACACAAGAGGUACAAUAGCAAGAUGUCCGCCAAAGCAAUACGCGAAGCCACCGGUAAAGACAUUAUCAACCGUCAGCUGCAGGGCGAUCAUGGAGCGGCCAAGUGUCGGUUUGCAACCGUGACGGAAACUACACAAUGGCAGCAGUUGGUGCAGGACAACCCGUGGCUGGAGACAUCGCCUCUUGUGGUUAAGCCUGAUCAACUGAUCAAGCGACGUGGAAAGCUUGGACUGAUUGCCGUGAACAAAAAUCUAGCACAAGUAAAAACAUGGGUCAACGAACGGAUGGGCAAGGAUCAGAAGAUUGGCAAUGCUACUGGCAAGCUGCGCAAUUUUAUCAUUGAGCCCUUCGUACCCCACAAGGAUAAUGAGGAAGCGUACGUAUGCAUCUACUCUCAUCGGACGGCGGACACAAUUCUGUUCUAUCACCAGGGCGGAGUUGAUAUCGGCGAUGUGGACGCGAAAGCAUUGAAAUUGGAAGUACCAGUCGGGACUGAUGUCACAAUGGCCGAAAUCGAAAAAGUGUUGCUGACCGAGAUUUCUUCCGCUAAGAAAAAGAGAGUUGCAAACUUUGUGUACAAUCUAUACAAAAUGUACGUGGAUCUGUACUUUACUUACUUGGAGAUUAAUCCGCUGGUCGUGACGGACGACUCCAUCUACAUCCUUGAUCUUGCCGCUAAGGUUGAUGCAACUGCAGAUUUCAUAUGUCGGCCGAAAUGGGGAGAGAUCGAUUAUCCGCCACCGUUUGGACGUGAUGCGUUCCCGGAGGAAGCGUACAUUGCCGAUUUGGAUGCUAAGAGUGGCGCUUCGCUGAAGCUAACCAUUCUCAAUCGCAACGGUCGCAUCUGGACGAUGGUGGCUGGUGGUGGUGCUAGCGUUAUCUAUUCUGAUACAAUCUGCGACCUGGGAGGUGCUAGCGAGCUGGCCAACUACGGCGAAUACAGUGGCGCUCCGUCAGAGCAGCAAACUUACGAGUACGCUAAGACCAUUCUUAGUCUAAUGACGAGCAGCCCGAAGCAUCCGGACGGAAAGGUGCUGAUCACCGGAGGUGGCAUUGCUAACUUUACGAAUGUGGCAGCAACGUUUAGCGGAAUCAUUACCGCUUUGCGUGACUACCAGCAGAAGCUGAUCGAGCAUAAUGUGUCCAUUUUCGUGCGCCGUGCUGGUCCGAACUAUCAGGAGGGCUUGCGCAAGAUGCGUGAGAUCGGUAGCAGCUUGGGCAUUCCACUGUAUGUGUUCGGUCCGGAAACGCAUAUGACGGCUAUUUGCGGCAUGGCGCUGGGAAAGAAACCGAUCGCAAAGAGCAACAAUGUACACUUUGCUACCGCAAAUUUUCUACUGCCGGGCGGCCAGCAGGGUGCUGAGUCGUCGAAGAAAUCAUCCACGGCCAGCCAGGAAAAUGCAUCUGAUGAACGAUUGUGUAGCAAUUCCUCCGCACAAGAUAAUACCACCCCUACAGUUAUUGUAGAGCAAAACGUGCCACCUGCCCCACGUGGUAGAAUGGCUGGUUUUUCUAAGCUAUUGUUUAAAAUAUUGCUCCGUCCGUCAUAUACCACAUCGAACGAUGACGAAGAUCGUUGCGGCAAAACCGGCCAAGGCGAAGCUGGUGCAGCCCGCAGCUCUCCAACGGAGAUCGGGUCGAAUGCGUACCGUCAGAUGUUUAGCAAUCGUACUAAGGCGAUCGUUUGGGGCAUGCAAACCCGUGCGGUUCAGUCAAUGCUAGAUUUCGACUUCAUCUGCAGUCGCGAUGAACCUUCCGUAGUGGCUAUGGUGUACCCGUUCACCGGAUACCAUAGACAGAAGUUCUACUGGGGUCACAAGGAAGUGCUGAUUCCGGUGUAUUCCAAGAUGUCGGAAGCAAUCAACAAGCACAAGGAAGCGGACGUGCUGGUAAACUUUGCAUCGCUCCGGUCGGCCUACGACAGCUCGGUCGAGGUGCUGGACUAUCCGCAGAUCCGCACGAUUGCCAUCAUUGCCGAGGGUAUUCCGGAGAAUCUUACUCGCAAGCUGAACAUGGCUGCCCGUGAACGAAACGUUGCAAUCAUCGGUCCGGCCACGGUCGGUGGCGUCAAGCCGGGAUGUUUCAAGAUCGGCAACACGGGCGGUAUGCUCGACAACAUCAUACAUUCCAAGCUGUAUCGCGCUGGCAGUGUUGCGUACGUGUCUCGCUCGGGCGGUAUGUCGAACGAGCUGAACAACAUUCUUUCGCUGACGACGGACGGAGUUUACGAAGGCGUGGCAAUCGGGGGCGACCGUUAUCCGGGCACUACCUUCAUGGAUCACAUCAUGCGAUACCAGGCAGAUCCGGCUGCCAAGAUGAUCGUACUGCUGGGAGAGGUUGGCGGUGUUGAGGAGUACGAAGUGUGCGAAGCGCUGAAGGACGGCCGCAUCACCAAGCCGCUGAUUGCCUGGUGCAUUGGAACGUGUGCGGGAAUGUUCACCUCUGAGGUGCAGUUCGGGCAUGCGGGAUCUUGCGCCAACUCGGACCGCGAAACAGCAUCGGCUAAAAACAAGGCUCUUGCCGAAGCCGGCGCUCAUGUGCCUGCAUCGUUCGAUGCUUUCGGUGAUAUGAUUGGAUCCGUGUACGAGAGCAUGGUGAAGGAGGGACUUAUUGUACCUGCGGAGGAAGUACCGCCCCCGACCGUGCCGAUGGAUUACUCGUGGGCUCGCGAGCUUGGUUUGAUCCGUAAGCCGGCCUCGUUCAUGACGUCCAUCUGUGACGAGAGAGGGCAGGAGCUGCUUUACGCCGGUAUGCCGAUCAGCGACGUGCUGCAAAAGAACGUAGGAAUCGGUGGCGUUGUGUCGCUGCUUUGGUUCCAGCGCUGUCUGCCACCGUAUGUGUGCAAAUUCUUCGAAAUGUGCUUGAUGGUUACGGCUGACCAUGGACCAGCCGUGUCCGGUGCACACAACACGAUCGUGUGUGCACGAGCUGGUAAGGAUUUGGUGUCAUCUGUAGUGAGCGGUUUGCUCACGAUCGGUGAUCGGUUCGGUGGUGCGCUUGAUGGUGCAGCCAAGCAAUUCUCCGAAGCAUACGAUUCCAAUCUCCAUCCGAUGGAGUUUGUAAACUCUAUGCGCAAGAAGGGUCAACUGAUCAUGGGUAUUGGUCAUCGAGUGAAAUCGAUCAACAAUCCGGAUGUUCGAGUAAAGAUCAUCAAAGAGUUUGUAAUGCAAAACUUCCCAGCUUACCCGCUGCUGGAAUACGCGCUUGAGGUGGAGAAAAUUACCACCAGCAAGAAACCGAAUCUAAUUUUGAACGUCGAUGGAGUCAUUGCAACAUCCUUUGUCGAUAUGCUAAGGAACUGCGGUUCAUUCACAAGCGAGGAAGCCCAGGAAUACAUCAACAUCGGUGCGAUCAAUUCCUUGUUCGUGUUGGGUCGCAGCAUCGGUUUCAUCGGACAUUACAUGGAUCAGAAGCGCUUGAAGCAGGGUCUCUACCGUCAUCCAUGGGACGACAUUUCGUACGUUCUACCUGAGCAGUACAACUAAAAACCCGCCCUCUGCCGGGAUUCGUCGGGCAUCAGGGAAGAGACUUUACAAACAUUCAUUAGCACAAUACGACACAAAACGCAACCGUUUCGUUCGGACCAGAGAGAGAGAGAGAGAGAGAGAGAGAGAGCGAGCGCGCAGAAAAGUGAAAAUUUCAAGAGGGUGGUAAUUCAAGUAAGCAAACAAGCGACAAGAAAACCAGAUAGCGAUCGGAAAGAAUCGAAAACAAACAAAACCAAUCUACACAACUUGAGCAGCUUUUGCACAUGCUGCGUUCUUUCCAUUUUCUCCCCCCCCCCCCCCCCUUAUUGGUAACUAGUUUUACAAGAAUCUCUUCUUUUCCUUUGGCGUAUAGUGUAAGACGUUCAGAUUCGUCAUGUUCUGUUUUGUGGCUGUUGAGCUACUAAUUUUACAUUCUCAACAAACAGUGCAUUUAUGCAAGUAAAAGUUGCUCUGUGUAAUUUGUAACUUAUUACUACUAUCAACUACAAUUCGUCGAUUCUGUUAAACAAUGGACGAUCAUCAUUUUUUAAAAGGUUGGUCCUAACCUAGGCCCCCCACCUAUGCAGAGAAAGAAAGUGUUAUUUUGGCAGACACAAUAUUUGCUACCCAUCAAUGCAAAUCAGGGCAAAUCUUACUGGGGUGGAAGUAGGAACGAUGUGUUCGAAACAAACGCAAGCAGUGAAAGCGAAAUGAAACUUACUUUUAAUUGCUUUCAUUGCUCAUUAGAUUCCAAUGCUUUUUUUCUUCUUCCUCUUCUUUCCAUUUUUGGUUUCUUGAUUUUUAUUAACUACAUCAAAAGUGAGUGUACAAGGCAUAUAAAUAACGACGCUAUAUUCCAUGAAUAUCAUAGCAAAAGGUGGCACUGAAGUGAGAGGCAGGCAUAUUUGCAAUCUGGCCAGAUGCGGGAGGAGACGACGAGCUCUAAAUCUUAUCAUUUCUAUUUAAAAUUGUUAUUAUUUUCUUUCCUGUAAAAGUCUUCAUUGCGGUUUCUGUUGCUAUUUAUAAGUUUAUGUGGAUAUGUUUCUUCUAAUUUACUUGAAUGGAAAAAAGAUACAUCAAUAAUAGUGACAAAAUAACGA